UCAAAAGAACACUUUGCAUUUAAGGUUUGCGGCAAUUUUCCAAUAAACAAAAAGAGGCGCACGAAUUGCAAUUUUUCGCGGAAACCAACAACAAUUGACAGCAAGUAUCCAAGCUUUCCUUUAUAUUGGCAUUCGUAACUUUUGCAUGCGCAUUGUUAUGGUUUUGUUUAUAAAAAAAUGCUUUGCAAGGCAAGCUGGAAACCAAUAAGGCGUUAAGAAAAACUUUUGUGAACGCCAACCUUUCAAGAUAGUCAUUGUGAAUUAAAAUUAUGUCGAAGAAGAAGAAUCACGUGCCAGAGUAUUGAAGUUUGAUUUGUGCAAUGUUUUUAAGAAGAAAUAAAUGAGACUUGAUAAAAUUGUAUAGAAAUGGCAAAGAAAGAAAAUAAGGUGGACAAAAAUUUGUCAGCAACACAAAAUAAAAUCAAAGCUAAAAAACGAAAACAUGUAUCAAAAGAUAAUGACGAGGAAGUGGCCAGCAAAAGCUUAAUUGUUGAAGCAGUUGAAGAGUCUGCAGGGGAUAAAAAAGCCAUAAAACGUAAACAUAAAGAGAAGGGUAGUAUUGCGGAGAAACGCAGCAAAACAGCAAACGAGCAGGAUAGUGGUGAUGACGCUGGCGACGACGAUGCGGAAGAAGCACAGGAACCCACCUUAGAUGAGUUGCGCGAAAGUGAAAGACCAGAUAAUCAAAAUGCUAUAGUAACUGUGCGCCAAAAGAAGAAACAAAAGCACAAACAACGGCUUGAAUUACAGAAAGAUCAAACAGAAAACAAAGAGCGGUAUCGUAACGAAGAGUACUUGCGUAAGUGGAAGAAUUUGCGAUCAGAGUGGAAAUUUGAAAAACUACGACAGAUUUCUAUACAGCAAACUGUAUUUGAUGAAGAUAAAAUCGGUGCAGAGAUGUGGCCCAUUGCACUUGAGUACUUGUCAGGUUCGAAGGGGGCAGCUAAGGCGCAAAUUAUCAAAUUGGCUGAGCAGUGCAUUGAAGCGCUCGAUAAACAAUGUAGUCAGGAAAUUAGCGAAGAAGAGCAAAAAGCUAUUUACGAUUCGUCAAAAUAUCAACGAGCACGUGAUUUGCUGCAAAGUUUCGAUUAGGCAAUGGUGCAGGCGAAAUAAAUUUAAAAAAAAAUUAUACAUAUGCUUUGUAUUAUGUAAAAAAUUUUAAUGAAUUAAGUGUAUACAAUUUUGUUUCAUUUACAAACGUUUAUUUUGCUUAAGAAUUUAUAUUUUUAUUUUUAAUUUACAAAUCUUAAAUAUAUAUUUGUUAAAAUUAACUAUACAAAAUUACAAGUCCACAUAUGCAAGUAUGUUAUCAACAUA